UAUGAUUCUGAUCGAAGUUGGCGCUAGGGUUUUAUUCAGUUAGAGGUUUUCGUCUAAUUUUGCUUUCCUCUUCCUCAGCCUCUAAUCCGAAGGUGUUGCAGAGAUGAAUGUUGAAAAACUAACAAAGAUGGCCGGUUCGGUGCGGACUGGUGGGAAGGGUACGAUGAGAAGAAAGAAGAAGUCUGUACACAAGACGACUGCAACAGAUGAAAAAAGGUUUCAAACUACCUUGAAGAGAAUAGGAGUUAAUGCUAUACCUGGAAUUGAGGAAAUUAAUAUUUUCAAGGACUAUGUUGUGUUACAGUUCGUCAACCCCAAAGUCCAAGCAUCUGUUGCAGCCAACACCUGGGUUGUUAGUGGCACACCUCAGACCAAGGAAUUGCAUGAGGUUCUUCCACAUAUGUUUGACCUGUUGGGCCCGGAUAACUUGCAGCAUUUUAGAAAUUUAACAGCAGAACAUUUCCUGGCUGCUACUGCUGCAGAAGAGGGUAAUGGCGACGUACCCGAACUUGUUGCUGGUGAGACGUUUGAAGCUGCCGCAGAAGAGGGACAUACCGAUACCUCUUAAGGGUUCUAUUAUCAGUUUUGGAAUAUCUGUUGCAAUACUUUGUCUAUGAUGAAACUAGGUCUAUGUCUCAGAUUAGUAACUCAAAUCGACCGUGCUUUACUCGAUUCAUAUAUCACUUUGCUUUGAGUGAAGCAUCCAUGAUAGCCAUUCAAGUAUGAUAUUAUGUUUUGA